AUGGCGUCGCAAGUUGGAGCGAUCAACUCGGUGAAUGCGCUCAUUUCGAGGGUGUUCGUUCAGCCCAAGGGUGAUUUGGCAGACCGUCUGAACUCCAGAAUCACAGUCGUGAUUCUUGCUGUCUCGUCUGGACUUCUCCUCUCAUCACACUUCAUUGGAGAUCCAAUUACCUGUUGGACACCAGCUCAAUUCACAAAACAAUGGGUCGAUUUUGUGAAUCAAUAUUGUUUUGUGCAUGGUACCUACUUCGUGCCUCUCGACGAACAACUCUCGUUUGAUGAGGGAGAAAGAAAGAAAGUAACAAUCCAGUAUUAUCAGUGGGUGCCGUAUGUCUUUGCUCUUCAAGCAUUUCUGUUUUACAUUCCGAGAUUUGUAUGGAAGUCGUUGAUUGCUUACAGCGGUUACGAUUUGGCCGCUGCCGUGAGAUACGUGGAUCGUUUCUGGAGUGCAAUUCGAGACAAAGAUGACACAUUCAAGUCUCGUUUAGCCGUCUUCGAAGGACGUCCAUCUGUUUAUAUCUGGGAUGGAAUUCGAUUGGCUCGAAAGAAAAGAAGUCGAAAUAUGGCUCUCUUCUAUACACUUUCGACAGUUUGGCAAGCCAUAAAUGCGUGGAUUCAGUUUUAUAUUCUCACUCAACUUCUCGACUCACCUCUUUAUUCUGCUUGGGGUCCAUCGAUUCUUGGGGACUUGAUUCAAGGAAAUGACUGGCAGACGACUGGUCACUUCCCAAGAGUUGUUCAUUGUGAUUUCAAUAGAAGAAGACCUGCUAGUGUACAGAUGGACACAGUUCUCUGUGUUUUGACUCUCAACAUUUACUAUGAAAAACUAUUCAUUUUCCUCUGGUUCUGGCUCGCUUUCGUCGCUGUUGUCUCCACUAUCAACUCUGCCAGAUGGGUCUAUUACUUGUGUAACACUUCUAAGGCUCAAAAAAUGAUCCGUAACUAUCUUGCAACUUCUCCAAUAAAAUCUCCAAUCAGUGAUGAUCAAUUCUUCGAUGCACUUGGUCCAGACGGUCUGUUCAUUAUGGAUCAAAUGGCUCUCAAUCUUGGAGAUAUUCCUGCUAGUUACUUGACGAUUUCGAUGCGAAACAUUUGUCAAGAUUUUAUCGAAUCCGACGAAUACAUUGACGAUGAACGUACUCCAUUUGUCAAAUCGAUCAAACACACAUAA